CCCGUGAAUGAGGAUGUUAAACUCAUCGUAGAUAGGCUGCACACUGUAAAGAUGGCUGAAGAAACGGCUCCUAUAAAUGCGUUCAAGGGAGUGCAGCGACGGGGUGGAUUUAGACAGAAAAAUGUAUUUGAAGUAAAGGAUCAUAAGUUUGUACCACGUUUCUUCAAGCAACCUACGUUCUGUAGUCACUGCAAGGAUUUUAUUUGGGGUUUUGGAAAGCAGGGAUUCCAAUGUCAAGUUUGUAGUUUUGUGGUUCACAAGAGAUGUCAUGAGUUUGUCUCCUUCCAGUGUCCUGGAGUUGAUCAUGGACCUGACAGUGAUGCAACGAAUUUGCAUAAAUUCAAGGUGCAUUCCUAUGGCAGUCCAACAUUUUGUGAUCAUUGUGGAUCUUUAUUGUAUGGGUUAUUACAUCAAGGGCUGAAAUGUGAUGCUUGUGAUAUGAAUGUACACAAAAGAUGUGAAAGUCAUGUACCAAAAUUAUGUGGUAUCGAUUUCACAGAGCGAAGAGGAAGAAUAUAUCUGAUAAUAAAACCACAAGGAAAUAAGUUAAUUGUUGAGGUGCGAGAGGGUAAAAAUCUUUGUCCGAUGGACCCAAAUGGAUUAGCAGAUCCUUAUUGUAAAAUUAAAUUAGUGCCAGAUGACUCUAAUAAAUCGAAACGAAAAACAAAAACUAUUAAAGCUAGCUUAAACCCAUGUUGGCAAGAAACCUUUACAUUUGAAUUAUCUGCAGAAGACCAUUCUAAGCGCAUAUCAUUUGAAUUGUGGGAUUGGGAUAGAACGUCAAGAAAUGAUUUUAUGGGAUCUUUAUCAUUUGGGGUAUCAGAAGUAGUGAAGAAUCCAGUAGAUGGAUGGUUUAAAUUGCUCAACCAUGAAGAAGGUGAAUUUUAUGGUAUUCCUGUUACUGAUGAAGUUACACCAACAAUUCAAGAGCUCAAAAGUAGAAUGCAGAAAACAGAUUUACAAGAAAGAAAAAUCCCACCUCCGAACAACGCACAAAAUAUGUCAAAACAAGAUAUUGUUAGAGCUAGCGAUUUCAAUUUUCUUACUGUUUUAGGUAAAGGUAGUUUUGGUAAGGUAGUUUUAGCAGAAAGAAAAGGUACUGAUGAACUUUAUGCAAUCAAAAUUUUGAAGAAAGAUGUGAUUAUUCAAGAUGACGAUGUAGAAUGUACAAUGAUAGAAAAACGGGUCCUAGCAUUGGCAAACAAACCACCAUUCCUUGUUCAACUACAUUCAUGUUUUCAAACUAUGGACCGCCUUUAUUUUGUGAUGGAAUAUGUCAAUGGUGGUGAUUUAAUGUACAGAAUACAACAAGAGGGAAAAUUUAAAGAACCUGUUGCAGCGUUUUAUGCUGCAGAAAUAGCAAUUGGAUUAUUUUAUCUCCAUUUGCAAGGUAUAGUUUACAGAGAUUUAAAAUUAGAUAAUGUAAUGUUAGAUAGUGAAGGCCACAUAAAGAUAGCUGAUUUUGGUAUGUGUAAAGAAGGAAUGUUUGGUGAAAAAUUAACUCGGACAUUUUGUGGUACACCAGAUUAUAUUGCUCCAGAGAUAGUUUUAUAUCAACCAUAUAGUAAAUCUGUUGAUUGGUGGGCGUAUGGUGUUCUUCUGUAUGAAAUGUUAGCGGGUCAGCCGCCUUUUGAUGGAGAAGAUGAAGAAGAAUUGUUCACGUCAAUAACGGACCACAAUGUGUCUUAUGCCAAGUCUAUGUCUCGAGAAGCUGUCUCAAUAUGUAAAGGGUUGUUAACCAAAAAUCCAGCAAAAAGGUUAGGGUGUGGAGCUCAAGGGGAACGAGAUAUUAAAGAACAUGCAUUUUUUCGACGAAUACAUUGGGUGAAUAUGGAAACGAGAGAUGUGCAACCGCCAUACAAACCAAAGAUUCAUGACUCGCGGAAAGCUGAGAAUUUUGACAAGUAUUUUACACGAGCCCCGUUGAAAAUGACGCCUAUCGACAGUCUGGUCAUCAUGAAUAUUGAUGAUGAUGCAUUCAGGAACUUUACCUAUGUUAAUCCUUAUUUUAUUGAUCAUCACUUGAGUUAAUUUUCUCUAUGCUGUUAACAUUUCUGUUGUUUGUUCCUUUUUUAAAAAUAUGUUCUGUUUUAUAUUCUUCCAUAAAUGUUGUAUAUCAUCAUCUUAACCACAAUAUCUCACUAUAUACUUACUUAUAUAUCUAUACAUACCAUUUUUAUAUAUAAAUUAUAUUAGUACGUAAUAUAUCUGUAUUUUAUCAGCAUUAUUUAUAAUCAGUGUAUUAUGCUAAAAAAAGCAUUAUUGUUUCCACAAGCUAUAAAUUAAUGAUUUAAUGCUUAUACUGUUCGUGGUAGAUGAUAAAACACAGUAAUUUAUUUUUAAUAUAAUGUAAUAUUAUAAUGGUUAUUUUAUUGAAGUAUUAUUAAAUUAUUAGUGAAAAUUUAAAACAGAAUCACUCUGUCCAGUUUUCAGAUUUAGAUUAGUACUAAAGGGUAUUACAACUGUAAAGAAAGGCAAAAAUUAAGAUAUGUUAAUAUUAAAGGGGCAUAAGGUAAGAUUAGAUAAAGAGUUGACAGUUCGCGCUCUAAUAGUUAAAAAAUAGGUAAUGAAAACAGAAUGUGCUGAAAAUUUCAGUCAGAUUGUUGCACUCUGAACCAAGAUAUGAGCGAUUCAAUUUUAGGCUAGCAUUGAUCGUCAUUACUAACGUUGGUACAAUAAUAAACAAAGUCUUGAUUAUCCAUUUUUACGUUUAAUUAUCCAUCACUAAAAUUAUUCAUUUCCACUAAAUAUCACAGGCUAAUGAGGGCAUUGAGAGUUGAUUUGUGGUUUGGAUAAGUUAAUUAAUGUCUAAUUAAUAAUUCAGAUAACAUUUCAGGCCUAAAGGAAGACCUGCAAUAGACAGAUUUAGCUCUAGCGUAAUGCAUGUUUAUCCAAAGUAUUUAUAUAACGGUUCAACAUAUUAUAUAGUCAAUGUAGAAAUUUAUAACUGAAAUACUGAUAAUAAAACAUAACACAAAUUUAAAACAGAAACAACUUCCUAAAAAGUCUGCCAUAAUUAAAAUACUGACCUAAGUGGGCUUCAACUUUUUAUUUCCCAUUUGAUGCAUUAUCUGAAUUAUAAAAAGAGUAUUGUAUAGAAUCUGAUUAUCCCAGCAAGGCUAAUAUGUGUAUUAUAUUUCCUUCUAAUGGCUGUUAAAAUGUUUUCAACUUAAAAUUUGAGUUAGCAUGUGAAUCAUUAGUAAAAAUAAAAACAAUGUUUAGAUAUUUUAUGCAUCAGGUUUAUUUUUAAUUAAAAGAGUUUCAUAAUACUAUCUAUAGCAGAUAUUUUAAGUAUUGUAUUGAAAUUAACUGAAAACAUGAUAAUAUAUACAUUCAGAUACAUUGACUAAAUGUUAGGUUACUGCUAACAGUACAUGAAUGUAUUGGUAAUCAUUUUUCAUUCAUCACACAUUUUAAUCUCAUUUUCAUGUGGGCAAAAUUGCUAAAAAUUUAACAAUUAUUAUUGCUAAUUUUCUAACAUUAUUGAACUAAAACUCCAAAGAUGUGUAUGUUAUCAUUCUGUUUUUAAUAGAAAAGUGCCAAAUAAGUUUAAAUUGAAUUGUGAUAAUAAAAAAUAAUGUGCUUUGCAUUAUGAAAUUAACAAUAUUUACUUUGAGAACAAAAUUUGGCAUCUUUCUCUUUAUGUUUGUUAUCUACCAGAUUAUUAUGUGAUUGUUGCUUGUUUGUGUUCAAUAUGAAUGCUUGGAUUCUUUUCUAUUAUGUGUUUUUAUUUAAUUCUAAUUUUGAUAUUCCUCUUGUUUGUUGCCUUAUUAAUUUUCCUAUUAUUUUGUUUUCUGAACAAAUUGAAUGCAUCAUUUGAUUCCCAGAAAUAACUCCUUUACAAGACACUUUUGUUGACAGUUUUGACUAUGUCAGUGAGUGGUGAUAUCUAGGUCUGAGCCAUCUAAUUUAUAAAUAAGAGAUUUUCAUUUACUCCCAAAAGAAUAGUUUAUUGCUCAGUUUUGGAGAAAAUCAAAAUCUCUGAUUUAUAAACUAUAAAGUAGAUGGCUCAGCAGACAGUAGAAGAGUAUUUAAAUACCUAGUUCACACACAAAUGAUUGUGUAUCCUCCCAUGUCAGGGUACUUAAGGACAUGUAAUACUAUUCUGCCAAAUUAGGAUUAGUUUGAUAUUUUCAACCAAUCACAGCCUAGUUUUCAUUAAUGGUUUAUUUUACAUUUUAAAAUUUGAAAAUAAGAUAGUGUGCAAUAAAACCAACAAUGUUGGGUAAUUUAACUAGACAGUAUCACAUAGAUGACAUCAUAUUGGAGUAUCUCCAAACUAUGGUUGUCUGUAUACAACACAGUUUUUUUGUGAAAAUGAAAUGUAUAGGACUGUUAAUUACCGUGACUCCUAGUUAGAUGUACAUUGCAGAUCCUAGUCAUGGUUCACGAUUAGGACAUAAUACUACUAUCUGAAGAAUGAGAGAAUGUUGUCAGAAUAUAUCUUUCUAUAAAAGGUUUUAGAUUUUAUUGACUCGCGUUCUUUUUACAAUGGACCUUAUAAUACAUGUAUUAUAAGAUCUGUGUUUUUACAAAUUUACUAAUUUAAAAAUGUUUUUUGUAAAUUUUAAACCGACCAAUAUUUGAAUAUAAGUGCCAUAACCCAACACAGUUCUAUGGAUAACAUCGUGUGAAGUAAAAUUUGAAAUUUAUCUCAUCUGAAAUGGGCUUCAUGAAAGUUUGCAUUUCAAGUUUAUCUGCAAAGGAGGCUCAGGCAUACUUGGAUUGUUUUAGACAUUGAAAGUAACAACAAUACUUAAAUAUAUAUUGGUAUUGUUGAGACUAAAUCUGACAGAAAAUAGAAUUGCAAUUGUUGACAUUAUUCAAGACAUGCUUUCAUUUGAUUAUUAUACUCUAAUGGUAGAAAUCUGUUUUGUUCAAAUGUGUCUAGGCUAUGAUUUAAUAGCAUUUUUAAAUAUAUUUUUAUAUCCGCCCACAUUGAAAUGUGGUCGUAUAUUGUCGUCGCCUCCGUCCGGCGGUCCGGCGUCCACAAUUGCUUGUGGACGCUCUAGAGGCUAAAGUUAAUAUCUGAUUGACUUUAAAUAUAUACACAGUGUUUAAGGUCUUGAGGCGAAGAAGCCUAUUGAUUUUCAGCGAUUUCCAAUAAUUACUGCCAGAGUUAUGGCCCUUGAUCACUUUGAAAAAUCUUGUGGACGCUCUAGAGGCUAAAGUUAAUAUCCAAUUGACCUAAAAUUUAUACACAGUGUUUGAAGUCAUGAGACGAAGAAUCCUAUUGAUUUUCAACGAUUUCCGAUAAUUACUGCCAGAGUUAUGGCCCUUGAUCACUUCAAAAAAUCUUGUGGACGCUCUACAGGCCAAAGUUAAUAUCCGAUUGACUUUAAAUUUAUACACAGUGUUUAAGGUCAUGAGACGAAGAAGCCUAUUGAUUUUCAGCGAUUUCCGAUAAUUACUCCCAGAGUUAUGGCCCUUGAUCACUUCAAAAAAUCUUGUGGACGCUCUAAAGGCUAAAGUUAAUAUCCAAUUGACCUAAAAUUUAUACACAGUGUUUAAGGGGUUGAGGCGAAGAAGCCUAUUGAUUUUCAGCGAUUUCCAAUAAUUACUGCCAGAUUUAUGGCCCUUGAUCACUUUGAAAAAUCUUGUGGACGCUCUAGAGGCUAAAGUUAAUAUCCAAUUGACCUAAAAUUUAUACACAUUGUUUGAGGUCAUGAGACGAAGAAGCCUAUGGAUUUUCAAUGAUUUCCGAUAAUUACUGCCAGAGUUAUGGCCCUUGAUCACUUCAAAAAAUCUUGCGGACGCUCUAAAGGCCAAAGUUAAUAUCCGAUUGACUUUAGAUUUAUACACAGUGUUUAAGGUCAUGAGACGAAGAAGUCCAUUGAUUUUCAGCGAUUUCCGAUAAUUACUGCCAGAGUUGUGGCCCUUGAUCACUUCAAAAAAUCUUGUGGAUGCUCUAGAGGAUAAAGUUAACAUCCGAUUGACAUUAAAUUUAUACACAGUGUUUAAGGUCAUAAGAUGAUGAAGCCUAUUGGUUUUCAGCGAUUUCUGAUUAUUACUGCCAGAGUUAUGGCCCUCGAUCACUUCAAAAAAUCUUGUGGAUGCUCUAGAAACAAAAGUUAAUAUUCGAUUGACUUUAAAUUUAAACACAGUGUUUGAGGUCAUGAGACGAAGAAGCCUAUUGAUUUUCAACGAUUUCCGAUAAUUACUGCCAGAGUUAUGGCCCUUGAUCACUUCAAAAAAUCUUGUGGACGCUCUAAAGGCCAAAGUUAAUAUUCAAUUGACUUUAAAUUUAUACACAGUGCUUAAGGUCAUGAGACGAAGAAGCCUAUUGAUUUUCAGCGAUUUCCGAUAAUUACUGCCAGAGUUAUGGCCCUUGGUCACUUCAAAAAAUAUUGUGGACGCUCUAGAGGCUAAAGUUAAUAUCCAAUUGACCUAAAAUUUAUACACAGUGUUUAAGGUCUUGAGGCGAAGAAGCCUAUUGAUUUUCAGCGAUUUCCAAUAAUUACUGCCAGAGUUGUGGCCCUUGAUCACUUGAUCUAGAGGCAAAAGUUAAUAUCCAAUUGACCUAAAAUUUAUACACAGUGUUUGAGGUCAUGAGACGAAGAAGCCUAUUGAUUUUCAGCAAUUUCCAAUAUUUGCUGCUAGAGUUAUGGCCCUUGAUCACUUUGAAAAAUCUUGUGGACGCUCUAGAGGCCAAAGUUAAUAUCCGAUUGACUUUCAAUUUAUACACAGUGUUUAAGGUCAUGAGACGAAGAAGCCUAUUGAUUUUCAGCGAUUUCCGAUAAUUACUGCCAGAGUUAUGGCCCUUGAACACUUUGAAAAAUCUUGUGGAUGCUCUAGAUUCUAAAGUUAAUAUCCGAUUUGAGUAUAAAUUUAUACACAGUGUUUGAGGUCAUGAGACAAAGAUUCCUAUUGAUUUUCAAUGAUUUCCGAUAAUUACUGCCAAAAUUAUGGCCCUUGAUUACUUUGCAAAAUUUUGUGACUCUCUAAAGGCUAAAGUUAUCAUCCGAUUGACUUCAGAUUGAUACACAAAGUUUAAGAUCUUGAGACGAACAAGUAUAUUGAUUUUCAAUGAAUUUUUAUGACUUGAACAGUUAAAUCCAUGAUAUUAAAAGCUUCGCAUAAAAAACGUUAGCAUGGGGCAGAACUUUAUAAAAACCAAACAAAUUCUAAUAGUUUUCUGAUAAUUACUUCGUGAGUUGUUGCUCUUAAUCAGAUUUUAGUGUAUAUAUAAUUAUAAAUGUUUCAUUACGAAAAAAGUAAAAAUAUGCGACAACCCUUGUUGACUGCCCGGACAAUUUAGUUGCUGUGGGCGUAUGUUUCGUUGCCUGGAAACCUAUCUUAAGAUUAUGAAAUAAAAAUUAAACAAAUACGUAAGAAAAUGUAUGUUCCAGUAAAAUAUAUUUAUAUUAUCAUCAUUGUUUGGGAUAUAAGAGUGCCUUAAUCCAAAUUACCAUGAGAUGUGUGUCUCUAGAGAUAACAUUUCUAUGUUUGUGUGGUAUGAAUGCUUGUGCUUGCUACUUAAAAAUUUUGAAUGAAGAAAUAAUCAACCUAAGUCUUUCAUUUUUUGAUUCAUCUUUUGCUCAAUUUAUUAUGAUAACCAUUUUGGAAUUGGAAUGUGUGUUGUUCGCUACAGUAUAAGAUUGAAAAAUUGUAACAUUUUAACAGAUUUAAUAAAGUUAAUAUUAAUCAUAGAUAGCAUGGGCGUGGAUUUAGGUGUGGGGGGGGCGUUCCCCCCCCCCCCCUUAGAAUCGGAAGGAGGGGGACGAAUAGGUCUCUGUCCCCCCCCCCCUGAUUUUGAUCGCCAGGAAAGAUUUUCAGGUUUAUAUCCACGCAACGGUGAGCUUGUUUCUACGUAUCUGGAGCUGAAUCGGGACUUGGAACAAGAAUUGCCAUUCUUCAAGCUCCAGUUUUUGGCCAAAUCUAUUUCACUUGUGCACAAAGCGUUCCUCAUUAUGUCACCUGAAGUGAGGCAGAUGUUCCCUUCUGUCGGAGCUCUUCUCAUCUCACACUGCUGAACCCUGCUAGUUCCUGCUCAGCCGAGCGAUCCUUCAGCACUCUGUGCCGUAUCAAAACUCGGCUGCUCAACUCCAUGACGCAAAACCGACUGAGCCACUUGAUUUCGUGUGCAGUGCAUAAUGACCCCCUUCAUGUCGGCAAGAUAUUCAAAGAGAACAGUCCUGAUCGUAGAACGAACGUCUUUAGACGAUUCAUUCAACUUCAUGAACAAUUAAUAUUUAUGCAGCUUUGAUGUAGGUAGUCAAUAUUUUUCCAUAUAGUCAUCAUAUUACCCCUAGUUACAGCCUUCAUCGAAAUAACACUGGCACAGUAACCUGUUCGUAAUUAUUUAUUUCGUUUGGUAAUGAAAUGUUCCAGAUUCCAGGGUUCCUCCGUCCCCCCCAAAAGUUAAGUCACAUCCACGCCCUUGAUAGAUAGUGCUAAAAUGAAUUGUGUUGACAGCUAAAUUGAUAAUUAUAAACAGAAACAAAUGUCCAAAGUAAUAGUAACUGCUUUAUCAGUGAGAGGUAGUGUCUUCAAUUUCAUGUAUAAAUGUAUUUUAUACAAUGUUUGCCAAUGGUGUGUUUUGGAAUGAUGGAAUGUGGUUUUUGUUGCUGUGUAGGAUUUUGUGUUAAACUAUUGUUACACAUUUUGAAAUUUAACUUGCCCGGUUAAUAUUUUCCCACAAUUACUAUUCUAUUUUAAAUGAAUUUAUGAAUUUGUCUUUAGGGUGGACUUGACACUUGUAAAACAAUGUUGUUGUAAUUCUGUAAUGGGUUGACACUAUAAUAAGUCUCAGUACUGACUAGUUUCUAUAUAAUGGCAGUAUGAAUUGUCUGACUCCUUGUAUAGCCUUUUUUGGAGAAUAUAUUAGAGAGCUUGCUAUUAGGGAAGAGUCGGAAUGAUAAGACACUGUUCCUUGUCAGUUUUCCAAAUGUUCGAUGGUUCAGAGUUUAUUGACUGUUUUUACAAGUAUUUCCUUCUAAACACCUUUAUUAUUAAUGUUCUCAAAGAGGUAUUCCAGAAGAUCUUUUUUUACGACAAAACAAUGCCACCUAUCGAUGAAAAAAUAUUGAUGACGGUUCAAUCUAUUAUUUUAUAGACAACUUUAAAUAAAUAGGUUGCUAGAAGAUUGGUGAUGUGUUGUUUGCAUUGAUACAGCUUUCAAACAUGUAAGAUAUUUCAGGGCCUUAUCGUUCUGAUCAUCAAAAAGACUAGGGAAAUAGUCAGACACUUUAUACUAAUAUAAUCCAUCCCCAGAUAGUCACAUAAUCUAAAUCUAAUCUCUUAAUUCUUGACCUGUGUUAAUUAAAUUAAAUCACUGUUAAAAUUUUAAUUUAGGAAUGAAAUCUUUUUUAAACAUGUCAGUCCACCCUUCUCAGUCUUUCCAAAGAUGUUUCUUUUGUAUAUAUUUUAAGAAUUUUUACUUAAUUACUUAUUGAUCUCUGAGUUUUGCCAAAAAAUUGAGUUAAAAUGAUAGAAUGUAGGCAUGAUAACGGUAACUGUGGUAUAUAUACCGUACCAACAUCUCAAUUGGUAACUGAGUACUUAUUAUUUUCUUCUGUUUUUUCAUUAACUGUUCUUUAUAUAAUUUUUCAAAUUUUAAUACCGUCUAUUGAUGUUUAUCCUCAUUUUAUUGUUAUCAUUCUAUUCCCUAAAAUGAUUUUUUUUACAAAUUUUGUACAUAUGAAAAUAUAUGUUCAUAAAAAAAACUUUAAAUUUAAA